AUGAGCUUUGAGUUAUCAGCUUCCGAUAUUAAACAGACUCAGAAGUCAAUAGCUGCACUGAUAGCCCACACCAAGAAAACCAAAGAUUCAAAACUCAAUAUUAAUCUGGUUAUUGGCCUGGAAGAAGACCAGACUUUACCAGAAAAUGACAAUACUCCAAGAAUAGUCCCUGUCAGGAAUCGACUAGAAAAGAGUACUGAAAAAUCAAUCCUGUUGAUCACAAAAGACUCUUCUGAGCCAUAUGUCCAUGCGCUUAAAGAAAAGGGAGCACCUACAGAGGAUACGUUCGCAAGAAUAAUUUCCUAUCACAAGCUCAAAUCCCUAUCAGGCAAACCACAGGAAAUGAAGAAAUUAUACCACGAAUACGAUCUUAUUCUAGCCGACUAUAGGAUUUAUCCCUUUCUCAGAAGAACACUAGGGUCCAAAUUUUAUAGCUCGAAGGAGAAGAUUCCCUUCAUGAUUCAAAUGGCCAAACCUUCCAAGAAAAUCGAUUAUUCAAGAACCGAGGGGGAGCCACCAGAAGACAAACGAUGCGAUCCUAUAUAUGUCAAGAAACAGGUCAUUUCAAUCGUUAAGAACACUUUUUUCAUCCCUUCAAACAAAUCUCAUUUCAUCAGUGUAGUUGUUGGAGACACUGACAAGGAUCCAAAAAAACUCGCUGAAAAUGUAUCAGACAUACUGUCUUUCUUGACCGAUAUUAAGCGCAAACCAAUCGGAGGCUUGCUAGCUGCUGACGGAAUCAAAUCACUUCACGUGAGGACGUCUGAAAGCAUUCCCUUACCAGUGAGAGAAAAUGAUGAAAUAUAG